CGCGCAGGCGGUGGAUGAGGCGAUCCCGCCCCCUGCCCCGCGCGCGCCGCCGCGGGAGCGCGAGGCCCCGCCCUUCUCUCCCCGCUCCGUUGUCAGGGUGGCCAUGAGCGCGGUGCUGGACGUUCUGUGGGAGGACAGGGAUGUCCGCUUCGACAUCUCCCCGCAACAAAUGAAAAUGAGACCUGGAGAGGUCCUUAUAGACUGCUUAGAGUCUGUUGAAGAUACCAAAGGAAACAAUGGAGAUAGAGGGAAACUGCUUGUGACAAAUUUGCGGAUUAUUUGGCGCUCAUUGUCAUUGCCCAGAGUCAAUCUCUCUGUUGGUUACAACUGCAUUAUAAAUAUAACUACAAGAACUGCCAACUCAAAAUUACGAGGGCAGACAGAGGCUCUGUAUAUAUUGACUAAAUGUAACAAUACACGAUUUGAGUUCAUAUUUACCAAUGUUGUCCCUGGAAGUCCCAGACUCUUCACUUCAGUUAUUGCUGUACACAGAGCUUAUGAAACUUCUAAAAUGUAUCGUGAUCUGAAGCUGAGAAGUGCAUUGAUUCAAAACAAGCAACUGAGAUUGUUACCACAAGAACAAAUAUAUGAUAAAAUCAAUGGAGUUUGGAACUUAUCGAGUGACCAGGGAAAUUUGGGAACAUUUUUUAUUACUAAUGUGAGAAUAGUUUGGCAUGCAAAUAUGAAUGACAGCUUUAAUGUCAGCAUACCUUAUCUACAAAUUCGUUCAAUAAAAAUCAGAGACUCAAAGUUUGGCUUGGCGCUUGUGAUUGAGAGUUCUCAGCAGAGCGGAGGAUAUGUACUUGGUUUUAAAAUAGACCCUGUGGAGAAACUACAGGAGGCAGUGAAAGAAAUUAAUUCACUUCACAAAGUUUAUUCAGCUAACCCUAUAUUUGGUGUGGAUUAUGAGAUGGAAGAAAAGCCGCAACCUAUUGAAGACCUAACAGUGGAGCAGGUUCAAGAUGAUGUAGAAAUAGAAUCUGAUGAACAUACAGAUGCUUUUGCGGCUUACUUUGCUGAUGAAAACAAGGAACACGAUCGGGAGCCUGUUUUUUCAGAAGAACUAGGACUUGCGAUAGAGAAGCUAAAAGACGGAUUCACACUCCAGGGACUCUGGGAAGUAACGACCUGAUUUAGAUUGGCAUGCGUUUGUUUCCUAAGCAAGGAAAAACUCUCAGUUCUUAUUGGGCUUGUGAGAUUUAUAGAAGAGUAUUUAGCAAUUCCAGAGUAGCCGAGAAAGAUCAUGCCAAAGCUAAAGAGUAGGCAAAUAUUAGAUAAUAUGCCGUCGGGAAAUGUCAUAAAGGAAAGAUUAUUCAACCCACUCGUAUGUAUAAGAGCUUUUUGUUUAUCAAUCUUUCUCUAAAGAGCGAGAGGACAACCAAUAGCCAAUUAGGGAAGGGGCAGGGCUCCUGCAGGCGCUCUGCAAGCCCCAGAAGUCCCACCCUCCCGCUGGUCACAGAAUGUAAGGAACACACAGGUCCCUCCUCUCUCUGUCAGGCUAAAGAACCUGGAAGUCCCUCUCCACCACGUGCAUGGUGGCUGCCAUUCUAUUUCAGCUGCCAUAAUUUAAAGUGUCAUACCCACAUUUUCAUACUGCCUUGUGAUUGGCUGACUGCGUGUUUCGACAUGCUGAUACCCCACGUCUUUUGAGGCAUACAAUUGGCUGGACCAGCCACCCCAUCCUGGUCCCCCAGACUGUCAGAGGAGGAGGCCCCCCUCCUCUAACAACACAGGGUUCACCAUGGUGUUUCAGCCACCAUAUCUUUACACCUUUGUGACCCAUGUGUUUACACACUGCCCCGCGAUUGGCUGCCAGGACCAGCUACCACCUGUGGUUUUACCUGUAUGUAUAUCAGAAAGGGAAGCUUCCUCAUCCCAUGGAUGCAGAGACUAUUGGAGAUGGGGCAAUGCGUGGCGUAUAGUUUGAUGCUCAGUUUAAAGUAUUCCUGUAGUUACACACAGUGAUGUACUUUCCCAUAAUGACUAAAGCUAAAUCAAAUUCCCAUGACUUGUUUAAUGUUGUGCAACACAGAAAUACCAUCACAUGCACAACAUUUUGUGUCUGGCGUAUUGGCUGUGUCAUUGGAGCAGUGCUGCGUUACUGAUAACUUUGACACUGUUCCAAAUGUUAGUUUUCAUGUCUUAGAAUUUUGUUAAAUGUUCAGCACAUAACAUUCCAGGUAGGCAGUUAUAAUCCAGAUAUCCUUAAUAUCAUCUUACAGUUAUUUUUCUUUUCUUUUUUUUUUGUUUUUUGGCUAGAGCACUUUUUUAAGGAAUGAUCUAGGAAAAAAGUGUGCAUACAAACAGCUUCUGUGUCUGAGUCAUUAGACCUUUAUGAUGUUAUGUGUUAGAGAGAAAUGAGUCAUUUAUUGUUUAAAGGAAGAUGCAGCUGUUACGUUUUCUAGUGAGAUAAGACCUCUGCGCUAUUUUCUAUAAGUGGAAAAAGUCAAAUGAGCUCUCCUCUCAGCUGUUGUUUUAGCAGCUGACUGUUACAGUAAAGUAACUGCAGUGGGAAUAUUAUUGUGGUGUUUGUAGAAAAUCUUUUGAGGUAUAUAUUUUAAUGAAAUACUACCUCUCUUGAGAAACAAUCAUUAUUUCAAUAAACUUUGAUAAUGUUA